GUGUCCCCCGCCAUCUGCCCUGGGGAAGGAGGAGCAGGUUUUGGGGGGAAGAGGAGGGUCUGUCCCUCAGACAGGACCCUGUCCCAAAGCAGAGUGUCCCUGCUCCGCCCUGUAGCCGUUCUCUGCACCAGCGCCAACCCACACCCACCCUCCCUCGCGUUAUACCCGAGCCCCCACAGUAGCGCGGGGCGCGGCCCCUUUAAGGGAAGUGAGGGCGGAAGCGCUGCUGGAGGUUGCGGGGGGCGGGGCUUCCCGCUCCUUCCGCCCCGCCGCAGCUCUCGCGAGAUCCGCCGCUUCCGGCCCGAGCGCGGCCUUUUCCGAGGAGACCCGGCCAAGAUGGCGGAGGUGGAGCAGAAGAAGAAACGAACUUUCCGGAAAUUCACCUACAGAGGGGUGGACCUGGACCAGCUCCUCGACAUGUCCUACGAGCAGUUGAUGCAGCUGUACAGCGCCCGACAGCGCCGGCGUCUCAACCGGGGUCUGCGCCGCAAGCAGCACUCCUUGCUGAAGCGCCUGCGUAAGGCCAAGAAGGAGGCACCGCCCAUGGAGAAGCCGGAGGUGGUGAAGACCCACUUGCGGGACAUGAUCAUCCUCCCCGAGAUGGUGGGCAGCAUGGUCGGCGUGUACAACGGCAAGACCUUCAACCAGGUGGAGAUCAAGCCUGAAAUGAUCGGUCACUACCUGGGGGAAUUCUCCAUCACAUACAAGCCGGUGAAGCAUGGCCGGCCUGGCAUCGGUGCCACCCACUCCUCCAGGUUCAUCCCUCUGAAGUAACGAGGCACUGCCGGGAGCCUUUUCCACGUGUAAAUAAAGAUAUUUCUCCCGGC